GAUAACGCACACAGCGUUAAGUAACGCGUACCGGACACCCCGGUUUGCCCGAUCGCCGCAGAACCAUCGAUCUUUGGUUGGCUGCUUCGUAUACAGCCGCUUAUCAACGUUAUACCGCGAGCUAUUGACGCCAUCUAACACACAAACCAGGACCAAUUUCACAUGCGGCAGAGGCAGAGAUCACCAGAUCGCGCGAUCUCUGUUGCGCUAUCGCCCGUGUGUGGCAUAAGGCGAUUUAAAUGCUUCCUUCUUGGUGUCGUACCGGCACAUUCCUAGCUGGACAACCGCUUGGACCGGUACGCACGGUCUGAAAAAGUCUCGUGGUGUGCUACUCUCCGCACUGUGCAUAUUAUUUCAGCGAUCGUUUCGCGUUUUCGUUUGGUGAAGUGAAUUGUGCUAAGGUUGCUUAAUCCUCAACUAUCGAAACUACAUACCACAUCAUGUACGAACGUCAGGAAUCGCAGGGGCCCACCCUUAAGGAAGGCGGCUCAUACAUCAUGGAGGGACACGAUGCGGCCGAGGCAAAGAACGUGUGUCUCAUCUUCUCGCCCGAGCAGGAAGAAGCGGGAGCGUUGGCGAAGAUGCUUAAAAUCUUCGAUGAUCAUCGAGUGAAUCUGCUCCACAUCGAGUCCCGAUCGUCUACCCGUGGUCCUGGGUACGAGUUUAUGGUGGAGUGUGACGGAAAGCGUGGUACCCUUGGGCCCGCUAUUGAGGCGAUUCGGGAACGGAGCAACUACUUCAACAUCAUCUCGCGAGAUUAUAAGGACAACGAAGCUACCGUUCCGUGGUUCCCGAGACGUAUCCGUGAUCUGGAUAGGUUUGCUAAUCAGAUCCUUUCGUACGGUGCCGAGCUGGAUUCCGACCAUCCCGGGUUUACCGACCAGACGUACCGAGAGCGCCGCAAGUACUUUGCCGACAUUGCGUUCAACUACAAGCACGGUCAACCGUUGCCACACGUUGACUACACGGAGGAGGAAACCAACACCUGGCGUACGGUGUUCCGGAACCUUACGAAGCUCUACCCGACGCAUGCCUGCCGUGAGCACAACCACGUCUUUCCGCUGCUGAUCGAGAACUGCUCCUAUCGCGAGGACAACAUCCCACAGCUGGAGGAUGUGUCCAACUUCCUGAAGGACUGUACCGGGUUCACGCUCCGUCCCGUUGCUGGACUGCUGUCGUCGCGAGAUUUCCUCGCCGGGUUGGCAUUCCGUGUGUUCCAUUCAACGCAGUACAUCCGGCACCCGAGCAAACCGCUCUACACACCCGAACCGGACGUAUGCCACGAGCUGCUCGGUCAUGCACCGUUGUUUGCCGAUCCCUCGUUCGCGCAGUUCUCGCAGGAGAUCGGUUUAGCAUCGCUGGGUGCUCCGGAUGAGUUUGUCGAGAAGCUAGCCACAUGCUUCUGGUUUACGGUUGAGUACGGCAUGUGUCGCCAGAAUGGCGAACUGAAGGCGUACGGUGCCGGUCUGCUCUCGUCGUUCGGUGAGCUGCAAUACUGCCUGACGGACAAACCGGAACUGAGGGAGUUCGAUCCGGCCAAGACGUGCGAGCAGAAGUACCCGAUCACAGAGUACCAGCCGGUGUACUUCGUGUCGGACAGCUUCGAGGAUGCGAUCCAGAAGAUGAUCAACUACGCCAAUACGAUUCCCCGCCCGUUCGGUGUACGGUACGAUGCGUACACGCAGAGCAUCGAAAUUCUGGACUCUGUGCCACAAAUCUCCAACCUAAUGCGCAACAUCCACAACGAGUUCGAGGUGUUGCAGAACGCGUUUAAGAAGCUGUAAGGGAACAGGGCACAUUACACGAGCCAUUCAGUACAAUGCUGGUGCUUUUAGAUAAGUUUUUGUUUGUAAGAGCUUGGUUUGAGCAAAGAACGAGCGAACUUUAAUGAUAUUUUCUAAGCAUUAUCCUCCAAAAGCUUAAGCUACAUGGUGAAUAAAAAUCACACGUUGUUAUUUUA